GCUCUCCUCUCCACUCUUCCUAGUAUGGAAGAAAUUAAGGUUGCUGUAUGGGAUCUUAAUUCAAAUGGUUCUCCAGGCCCAGAUGGUUUUAAUGUUUCCAUUGAAGGCGGAUUCGAGUUUUGAGGCAGAGUUGGAAGCCAUGAGAGUGGCGAUGAACUGGGCGAUCGAUAAGGGCUACAUCGAUUUUCAGGUGGAAUUUGAUUCGGUAGAGGUGUUGAACUCCAUUUCAAGAAAGCCAACUGGGAAAUGGAAAGGGCUGAUUGACGAUAUUCUGGUUAAGGCUAGGAGGGCCGGUGUUUCUUUCGGACAGGUAAUGAGGCAGGCUAAUUGGCCGGCCCAUUAUCUUGCGGGUAUUCAGGUGGCCC